AUGGUCGCGGCCCCGGCCGAGGUGAGCGGCCUGGUGGCAGAGGAGCUGCAGAAGAAUGAGCAGCUGCGCGCAACGCUCCAGUCGAUGGGGGGGGCGACGUCGCCACAGGUCGCACGGCCCAGCCCUGAGCUUGAGGGCAAGCUGAAGGCGAUCGCGCUCUCAAAGGAGCACCUGACGCUGAAGCAGCGGAUCGAAAGGAGCGAGCUGCAGAUCAAACAGCUUCAGGAGCAGGUUGAGUCUGAUCGUGUGCAGAUGAAGAAGGUGCAGAAGCAAAUGGAUGAGUACUCACGGGCUGGCGAUCCGGUUUGGGAAAAAACCGGCUUUGGCACAAUCGCCUACACAGACCCGUUCCACACCGGCCUCAGCAAGCGAACGCCAACAGGGGGUUACUUUACGUCGUGA